CGGCUAAUCAGUUGUUCGGAGAAAAAGUCUAACGAGGGAUGUUGUUUUGCUCGAUGCAGCGUUAAUCAAAGUGAAAGUACAAUUAUAAUAAAAAAGAACAAUUGAUAUUUAUUGAGUAAUAGAAAAAAUCAAUUUUAUCGGACUUGGUGAAAUUUGUCGUGAAAUUAUUCUUGUCAAAAAUAAUACCAAAUUACCGCAGAACAUACUUGUAGCGUCGAGGAAAUAAUACGUAUAUCGUGUUCUGUUUCAAGAAGGUCGCUGUGAAAUUAAUUGUGUCUGUGUGUAACGUUUUUCGAAUAAUGGAGGUUUUACCGUGUCCUGUAAAUGUGGAUUUCAGCAACACAAGAGCUGAAACAGUUGCCGAUGAAUUCGACGGGGCUUGCCAGGCAUUAGCGAAACGACUCGAAGUCGAAUUAAGGAGGGCGAAACAUGCUCAAUUAGCGUGUGGAGAAGUUUUGCUACCUGCCGACCUUUUGCCUAGGAUAGCUAAAGAUGUCCUCAGCAUGGCUGAGAAUGAACCCUGUGGUCUCAGAGGUUGUACUCUAUUUAUUAGUUUUGAAACGGACAGUGUAUGUCGGAAAUUGUCAAAAAUACAAUGCGAUCCUAAUGCAGUAUCCACCUUUGAACUUUAUCUGACAUUAAAACAAGAUCAUACAUCUUGGCACAUUCUGUUACCUCAGUUCAUAAAGAAUCUUACAAGAGGAGGUACCAUUAUGAUAAGUAGAGAUUUUACGUUGGAAAAAAAGAAAUUGUACAGAUCUUAUCAACAAACACAGUGAAGGGAAAGGUGGUUCAGGGCGUUGUCUGACUUUUUUUAGUACAUGCAAUUAUUUCUAUCUGCUCUAACUUCGUCAAUCCGAAGAUGGUCAUUCUCCGUGCGUGUAAAACGGGACCUACUCUUUUGAAGAGCGUAUAUUUUACAAUUAUUUAGUUUAUAAUUAUUCAACAUGAAAGAGACAAGAAAUUAUUAUAUAUGGGUAGGAGAGAGGAAUAUGUCCCUUUGCAAGGAUAGAAAAACAAUAUUGCGUUUUACCGAUCUGCAAUUGUUUAAGAAGGAUAUAGUGUGAAUUGGCUGUGUUUUUAGCUGAAGAUGCAAUCCAUUUGGGAAAAUGAAAAUGUGAUAAUAAAAUAAAAACAGAUCGAGUAGUUUCUUUAUGUGAUUCUUAGAUUUUAUAUGUUUAUCUAAUUGUAGAAAUAAAAGUGAUUAUAACGUAGUAGCGCCGUAUUAAAGAAAAGAGCAUUCACUUUGAAUAAACAAAUACAUAUCUGUCUAGCGUUAUAGUACAGACAAGUUUCUCAAAGUACAUAAUUUCAUCGACAAUCACGGUAUAAUGCGGUGUAGAAUUGUGACAGCUGUGUAAAUUUCUAAGGUCGCAUAAAGAAAUGUUCUCUCCUAAAGAAAGAAAAUGGUAUCUUCGUUUACAAGACUUGUGUAAUAUAUUUUUUCGUGAUAAUCUAACGAUAUGCUAAAAUUAAAAUCAACUUUUCUUUCAUAGUAUUAGGAAUUUAGAUAUGUUGAAAUUUUUUAUUUUAGAAAUACUAAUGGAUAUCUCGAUCAUUCUUAUCUAAUAUUGUUUUAUAUACGUAUACUACUGAUAUCGGUUAUCAAUUGAUAUAUGCGUGUUUUUAAACUACUACUGUCCAAUGUUUCGAUGCAUUGUAUUUCUAACAAGAAAUCUCACUGUAAUUUAGGUAUCAAUUCGUGAUGAUGUGAUAUUAGUAGAAAAAUUUGUGAACAACGUAAAGAACGGAUCAGCGUGUGAUAUUACAAACUUUGGCCAUGUGUGUAAAAGAUCCUCUUAUACGAGCAUUAUCACCACAACCACUAAAUGAUUUCUGUCGCUUUGUUGUUCCAAUGAUACUUUUUGGAACUUUUGAUACCUAAGAUGUGCUUUUUCCAUAGAAAGAAAAGAAAAGAAUUAUUUGAAAUUACUGUAUUAUUUGACAAGAACUUGCAGUAAUGAUAUUCCAAAAUGAUAUGUAGCAAGUGUUCAUGCGUGAGUGUGUGUGCAUAUAAAUACAAAUGGAAUUUAUAAGACUGAUCAGUACUAGAAUUUUCCAAAUUAAAUUUUCAAAGUAGAACAAUUAUUCGUAUUCAUAUAAACGUUUGAAACGACAAAUAAAACUUCCAUAACUCGUGUUAUUAAACUUACAUUAAUUAUAUACUGGCUAUAUCGAAGAACAAUAGAGGUUUUGCGAAUUAAAAAUCGUUGAAUAAAAUGUUCUUCCUGGUCUCUUUGAAAAUAGAAGGAAAAUGAAGGGAAACAAGAAAUAAAAGUAAAAAAAAAAAUGUGCGAUGAUCGCGUUAUAAUAUAGAAAUAAGAUAUAUAAGACAGAUGCUGUUACGCAUAUUUUGUACUUCCUUAAAUGAUUAGAAAUAACAAAAAGACAUUAAAAGCAUA